AUGGCUUCUCCUCCAAGCCAGACCCGUCUCGACGGCUUCGACACAUCCCAGUCCCUCUCCGAAAAAGACCUCCGCAUCUUCCGCCUCUACGGCCGUCUCCCUUCCACCUGCACCUCCAAACCCCCAAACUCCUCCACCUUAUCACGCUCCUCCUCUUCUUCUUCCUCCAGUUCCCCUUCCACCUCCCCACCCAACUCCGGCUCCUCCCUCCAACCCGCCACAACAACAACCACUGGUCCCAACGCAACCGCAAACGCAGCAACAUCCCGCUUCGCCCGCCACCUCAAAGAGCGCAAAUACUUUGACUCAGGCGACUACGCCCUUUCCAAAGCCGGGCGGGGGAAUUCUGUGGAUGUAGGGACCAUUGGGUCGGCGCACCCGGCUCCCGAACAGAUUCCUCAUCCUAGUCCGUUGUCGAUCAUGCAAAGGAGGAGGGGGUCGAGUUUUUGUAGUGGGGUUAGUGGGAGUGUUGGGUUGGGGAUGAGAGAGGAAGAGGAGGAUGGAGGGAGGUUGGGGGAGUUAUAUGGUGUUGGUGUUGGGGGGUGGGGAGCAUUUGGAGGGAGGUGCUGGAAUGGGAAUAAUGGGGGGAGGUAUAGGAGGUCGAGUUUGAGUGUGGCGGUUAUGGGGGCUGGUGGGGGGUUUGAGGAUGGGGAGGAGGGGAGGAAAUGA